AUGGCGCGCCGCUUCCACACCACCGCCGGCCCCCGGCCAGAUCCGGCCCCUGCGCCCGGGCUCCCACUUAACGGACGGCGGGCGCUGCGGGGAGGGGGCGGGCCCGUCACACGCCCCCGGCCCUUAAAGGGCCCGCACGGGCUCGGGCCAACCCCGGGACUCGCGGCGGAGGCAGCGCUCGGGCCCUUUGGGAAGCUGGCAGGCGGGGGCGGAGCCGGCAUCCCGGGGCACCGGACUCAAGACUGCUGGCGGCAGGUCCCAAGGGCCCUGCGGGGUCAGCCGCGAUGUGCCAGCAGGGUCCUGGGAGCCCCGGGGCCCACCUUUGACAGGCGUUGGAGGAGAACCUGUGCUGGGGGUCCCUGUGCUGGGGAGAUUCCUGUGCUGCGGGGCUCUGUACUGGGGGCCCUGUGCUGCAGGUGUCUGUGCAAGGGGGCUUUGCUGGGGGGUUCUACACGGGGACUCUGUUGGGCAUCUGCUGGGGAGCUCUGUGUUGGGGGCUCUGUGCUUGGGGGACUCUGUGCUGGGGAGCUCUGGACUCUGCUGGGGACUCGUGUGGGGAGCUCUGUGUUGGGGACUCUGUGCUGGGGCGUCUGUACUGGGGGAUCUGUGCUUGGGGGCUUUGUGCUGGGGGGACUCUGCUGGGCAUCUGGGACUCUGUGCUGGGCGUCUGUGCUGGGCGUCUUUACUGGGCUGCUCUGA